GCAGUACCAAAGAAGGCAGGCUGGUGUGAGCUCACACUGUCCGGCAGUCAGCCAACCGCCCAGUUAAACAGACGUGUAUCGUGGGCUUUCCUCUUACGGCGCAAAAAUGUGCACAUACCCUGCCUCGGGCCUAGCCUUGUCCUAGAACCAAAUUCUGCCUUUCUCCCAAAUUUCAGAACAAAAUGCCUGAAAGCGGACAAGCUGAAGCAUGGAAAAUCCUCUUUCAAGCGCCAGGAGCGCCAGGAGACUCGUUCUCUGUCUUCCGUCGGUGAAAAACAAGGGUAGGGACCGGCCCCAAAGAUCACAUUUCCUUCGGAUGGCCCUUCCAUCAGAGGACUGGAGGGACGUGACAACACACGUAGGCAGUACUUCCAGGGUCUUACAAUUCUCCCAUACAUCUUCUCUCACCUGGCUACAGCAACUGGAACGCUCUAUUCAAACCGCCAGAGAGCCUUCAGCCCCGUUCCCAGAAACGUGCGCUUGCGCAAAAUUUCACACGUCAUAGUGGAGCGCGCGGACCGCUGAGACUUCUGGGAAAUGGAGUCUGUGAGGAGGCCGAACACUGUGAGCGCAGACGUCAGAGCCUUUACGCAGGCGCAUUGCUUUUCAGACCUGAAGAGGCGCCGUCUUCCUGGGUACCCAGCACUCUGUGUAGGAGAAAUACUCUGAGAACCAGCAGUUGGACAAGAGAAAACACAAGUGACUCCAUGUGAAUUUGAUGACUGGGUGAACUGAGACAGAGGUUGAGAAACUUGCCUAAGGUCAUACAGGACUCUGCCCUUUUCUACAAGGAGAGUACACAGGAGGGAAUGGCUGCUGUGUCUCCGACUGCCAGAUGCCAGGAAUCAGUGACAUUCGAGGAUGUGGCCGUGAUUUUCACAGAUGAGGAGUGGAGACAUCUAGUCCCUAUUCAGAGGGACCUCUACAAGGAGGUGAUGCUGGAAAACUAUAAGAGUAUUGUCUCGUUAGGACUUCCAGUUCCUCAACCUGACAUCAUUUUUCAGUUGAAGAGAGGGGAUGAGCCUUGGGUAGUUGAUCUUCACGGAUCUGAGGAGAGAGAAUGUCCAGAGGAUGUCUCUCUAGAUCGGGAGACUAAGCCCGAGAUUCAUGGUCCUUCAGAAGGAGAAGAAUCAGAAGGAAGGGGGAGGGGAAAGCUUCGAGGAGAAGUUCCCGUGUGUCCUAAAUUCAAUGCUCAUGCACUGGAGGGUGAGUCAGAAGCAGGGAAAGAGAGGCCUGCCAUCCAGACCUGCAAGAAGUCCCUUUCCCAGAAGGAAAGCUUGCAGCCGGGGUCUACCCCUCUCAAGAAAAUCCUCACUAAAGAGAGAGACCAGGAAUGCAGCCAUUGUGGGAAGACCUUUUUUGACCACUCAUCCCUUACCCGCCACCAGAGGACUCACACUGGAGAGAAGCCCUAUGACUGUCACGAGUGUGGGAAGGCCUUCAGUCACAGGAGCAGUCUCAGUAGACAUCUGAUGUCUCACACGGGGGAGAGCCCCUAUGAAUGCAAUGCAUGUGGGAAGGCCUUUUUCGACCGGUCGUCCCUAACUGUCCAUCAGCGAAUUCAUACUGGAGAGAAGCCCUUUAAAUGCAGUGAGUGUGGAAAAGCCUUCUUCGACCGCUCAUCCCUUACUCGACACCAGAGAAUCCACACCGGAGAAAGCCCUUAUGAAUGUAAUCAGUGUGGGAAAGCCUUCAGCCAGAAAAGUAUUCUCACUCGACAUCAGCUCAUCCACACCGGCAGGAAGCCUUACGAAUGUAACGAGUGUGGGAAAGCCUUCUACGGCAUGUCAUCACUGAACAGACAUCAGAAGGCUCACACUGGAGAACCUCACUAUCAGUGCAGUGAGUGCGGGAAAGCUUUCUUCGACCGUUCAUCCCUUACACAGCAUCAGAAGAUCCACACCGGAGACAAGCCGUAUGAGUGCACCGAAUGCGGGAAAGCCUUUAGCCAGAGAUGCCGGCUCACGCGACAUCAGCGAGUACAUACAGGAGAGAAACCCUUUGAAUGCAGCGUGUGUGGGAAAGUCUUCAGUUCUAAGUCAUCCGUUAUUCAACACCAACGGCGUUACGCCAAACAAGGAAUAGACUGAGUUGGGUGAAAGCUUUAGUCAAAGGACCUCCGUAGAAACUCAAGCUAGGUCUUCCCCAUUGUAAGCAAACCCAUCCUUUGAGCAUUCUACUUAUCCUGGCUACACCUCUCCUUUUCCACCUCUGCUACCACAGUGUGAAUAAACAUUCUCUACUUACCAUGUUCUAGAACUGCAGGAUGCCAGAAGUUAGGAUGUGACUCUAAAGGGUCGACACUUUGCGGAAGUUUGUUAGACAACAGGAUAAAUAUUAGGAGGUGUUCGUCAGACAUGUUUCUUGUCUGAGGCCCCAAAUAUCACUGCACUUUAAUAACCGGAGGCUCGAGCAGGAGGGAAGGCGAAGUUAAAACAGCACUGUUGUUUCCAGAACACUUCUUUUUAUAGCUUGCGUCCCUUUCCCUGGGAGCUUUUUUGGGCCAUGAUCUUGUUCUUUGUGUCCCAACUUCUAAGUUCCUUUCUACUACUACUACUACUACUACUACUACUACUACUACUAUUGCUGGCUAGCACUUAGUGCUACUACUACUACUACUGCUGGCUAGCACUUACUGAGCGCUCACUAUGGGGUAAGCACUCAGUGGAGAGUUUGGCAAAGAGUAGACUGUUUGGUCCUCUCACCAACCCUGUGAAGUAGAAGUAGGUACUAUUACUAUCCUCAUUUUACAUAUAAGCAGACUAAAAUUUAGAGGUAUUAAAUAAUUUGCCCAAAGUUACACAGCUUGUAAAAGGUGAAGCUAAUCCUUGAAUACAAGUCUACCUUCAGAGUCUAUUCUCUUAGCCAUUAUGCUAUGUGGUUUAAUAAUUUAUGUACAGGUAUCAUCUCCUCAACUAGAUUAGAAGCACUUGGAGGCGUGACUUAGGUGUCUUUGCAUCUCACACAGUGCCUUGCAUAUGAUAGGUGCUCAAUAAAUAUUUAUCUGAAUUAGUGAUUUUUCUACUUACCAGGUUCUCUCUAUUUAAAACAUCUGUUGAGUGUACAUCCUUUCUCUGAAUUUUCAGUGUAGACUGCACCUUUAUCCUCUCAUGCUCCCAUUACUGUGGUAGUCAUUGAAUUCUUCCCUCUUAUUUUUUUUUAUUAAAAGAUUUUAUUUAUUUGUCAGAGAGAGAGAGUGUGUGCAUGCACAAGCAGGUAGAGGCAGAGAGAACCAGGCUCCCUGCUGAGCAAGGAGCCAGAUGCAGGACUUGAUCCUAGGACCCCAGGAUCACGACCCAAGUCAAAGGCAGGGGCUUAACCGACUGAGCCACCCAGGCAUCCCUAACCUCUUCCUUACUGAACAGGGGUUUGUUAAGCUUAGGUGCCAUAAUAAGUAACCCCCAAACUGAAAAUUCACAUCUCACAUAAAAUCUGUUAUGAGUCAGUCUGUCUCACUCCAUCUUCAUCAUUUAGAACAUGUUGCCUCUAAGGGUAUCAUGAAAGAGAAAGCUGGAAGAUAUUUUAGGUUAUUUCUAAGAACCAUCACUUGUGUCCACAUCUCAUAAACCAGAACCUAGCACCAGAGGCCAGAAAAGUAAACAAGCACCUCAGUAUUUGGUAACAUCAAAAGUGUCUGUCACGAAUUACAUUUUGCACAUUACUGACAUUUUGCACAUUAUGCUUAGACCAGUCUUUUUUUUUUUUUUAGUUUCAUAUGUUUUUUUUAAUAUAAUUUUUCAUUUUUUAUAAACAUAUAUUUUUAUCCCCAUGGGGUACAGAUCUGUGAAUCACCAGGUUUACACACUUCACAGCACUCACCAAAGCACAUACCCUCCCCAAUGUCCAUAAUCCUACCCCCUUCUCCUAAACCCCCUCCCCCCAGCAACCCUCAGUUUGUUUUGUGAGAUUAAGAGUCACUUAUGGUUUGUCUCCCUCCCAAUCCCAUCUUGUUUCAUUUAUUCUUCUCCUACCCACUUAAGCCCCCAUGUUGCAUCACCACUUCCUCAUAUCAGGGAGAUCAUAUGAUAGUUGUCUUUCUCUGCUUGACUUAUUUCGCUAAGCAUGAUACGCUCUAGUUCCAUCCAUAUUGUAGCAAAUGGCAAGAUUUCAUUUCUUUUGAUGGCUGCAUAGUAUUCCAUUGUGUAUAUAUACCACAUCUUCUUGAUCCAUUCAUCUGUUGAUGGACAUCUAGGUUCUUUCCAUAGUUUGGCUAUUGUGGACAUUGCUGCUAUAAACAUUCGGGUGCAUGUGCCCCUUUGGAUCACUACGUUUGUAUCUUUAGGGUAAAUACCCAAUAGUGCAAUUGCUGGGUCAUAGGGCAGUUCUAUUUUCAACAUUUUGAGGAACCUCCAUGCUGUUUUCCAGAGUGGCUGCACCAGCUUGCAUUCCCACCAACAGUGUAGGAGGGUUCCCCUUUCUCCACAUCCUUGCCAGCAUCUGUCAUUUCCUGACUUGUUUAUUUUAGCCAUUCUGACUGGUGUGAGGUGAUAUCUCAUUGUGGUUUUGAUUUGUAUUUCCCUGAUGCCGAGUGAUAUGGAGCACUUUUUCAUGUGUCUGUUGGCCAUCUGGAUGUCUUCUUUGUGGUAGACCAGUCUUUCUAAAUGACCCUUUCCUGCUCAUCAUUGCCUUACUUGAGACCUAAAAUAGCUCCCUGUUUAAUGAAAGCUUCUCUGAAUAUUUAAGGUCUGCCUUGAUGUGAUUUCACAUUAAGUUCUGACUCCCAAAACUCUUCUAUGCCCUGGGCCCAGUCCUUUAUUUUUAUCUUAUUAAGGAUCAGGGACUAGGCAGCUUUGGCCCUAGGCAUCUGCAUUCCCUUUCUAGUUGCUUCAAGUGAAGCCCGGAAGAGGACUUGAUUCUAGACAGAAGCUGUCUAGAAUUUAGCUUACCUGCAUGAAUCCCAGUGGACCAAGAUGCAUUUCUCCUAAGAGGUAAAGCCAGAUUCAAGAAGAUGGAUUGCCAAACAGACACCCUUCCCCCACACCCCAGUCUACUAACAACUCUAUUUGUCCACCUUUCUUAAAGCAGAUGAGUGACAGGGAAGACUUUUCACGUGUGGACUCCUGAAGCAACCUGAAGAAAAACACUUCAGAGAGUGCAGAAUCUAUUGGAGUGGAUAAUAUCUCGUAUUAUUUAAUAAUGUCAAGUAGAAAAUAAAAGGGACUAUUAACAGACUUUGGACUGGACUAUAUCUGAGAGUUCUGAAUCUUUAAUCUAUUCCCUUGUUAAAAAUAAACACGAUUGAGUAUUUCCCCCAA